AUGGCUACAUUAGUUACUGAACUUAUAAUACGAGCAAAUGGUGGUGGAAGUUUACCUACCCUUACUGGGAUGCCAACAUUAACUACUUCUACUUCACAAACAUUCACUACUCCUUCUGUGUCUGUACCACCUAGUCAUAAUAAUCCAUAUAUUAUAAGAAAUAAUAAUCCAACUGGAACAGUAUUUAUUGCUGUUGGUGCCAUAGUUGGAGCUAUUUUCAUCGGAUUUAUUUUAUAUCAUUUAAUUAUAUCACUUGUAGCUUCAAGAAUAGCUAAGAAAGGAUUUUCUAAUGAAAAAGAAUAUUAUGAAAAAUAUCAAAAUAAUAAUACAAAUGCUUAUGGAGGUUAUGCUGGUUCAGUUAUUACUCCUCAAAUGUCAUUAAAUGUAUUUUCUAAUCAUCAUGUUGAUCCUACUAUAUCUAAAAUACCAUUAAUUAGUCCAUCUAAAAGUUUAUUAUUUGGUAAUCAAAGUUAUUCUGCAUCUCAAGUUGGUGAUAAUUCUACAAUUUAUAAUUCUGAAACUGGUCCAACUUCUAAACAUGAUUUAACUAAAAUGUUUAUUUCACCUACUGCUGAAGUUAUGCUGCAUAAGAGAAAUAGAUCGGGUCAAUUUGGAGGAUCAACAACUAAUUCUAUAUAUGGAGGUAAUGGAACUCAUUCUGGAUCAGUUCCAAAUUUAAUUAAUAAUCCAGGAAGUAGACUUUCACAAGUUCCUAAUUUAUAUGUUAAUAAUGAAUUUAAUAAUAGUGAUUAUUCAUUGUCAGUAUAUCCACCAGUUCAACAACAACCUCAAGGAACUCCUCAAUCUCAUCAAACAUCCCAUCAUGGAUCAGUAUCCAGUUUUGCUUCACCUCAAGCAGGUCCAAGAUCUACUAGAAAAACCGUUCCAUCUAUGUAUCUUGAAGAUUUAAUAGAUGAUCAACAAGAGUAG